AUGGCUCCUCUCAGCACUGUAUGGAAAUUAAGUCUGGUUCCUUGGGUUAUCAUUAAAUCCAUUAUACAAUACUAUACAGUAGGAACUGUUUAUUCGCGUACUAAUGAAGAAUUUCAUGAUUCACUUUAUAAGAAUGUUCAUUUAGCUGUUAUUCAUCAUGUCUCAAGAGAUGUAACCAAGGAAGAAGCAAGACAAAUUCUUUAUGCACCAUUUGAAAAGAAUUUAUUUAAAUUUAAAUCUCAUCCAAUUGCAGCCAAAUUGAAUAAUUUCGGUAAAAGAUUUGAUGAACAUAGUUAUUGGAUUCACCAAAUCGAAGAAGAUGAAACCAGUGACAACAAGAGCGAUGUGUUGAUUUAUUUCCAUGGAGGAGGAUAUAUGUUGAAUAUGUCCGAAUCUCAAUUUUUAUUCCCGGUUUGCUUACAUUAUGCUGUCAACGAGGAAACAAGGAACAAGCUCUCCAUUAUGGUUGUAGAUUAUUCUUUAUCUAUGUUUGACCAUGAGUAUCCAACUCAAUUAUGGGAAGCUUUGAAUGUCUACAACAAAUUGGUUAAGUCUGGCUAUAAGAAUAUUCAUUUAGUUGGAGAUUCAUGCGGUGCUCAUUUAUCACUUUCAGUUGCAAGAUCGAUUGCAUACCCUCAAGAAACCAGGGAACAGUUUAGUCACUUCCCUAAAUUCCCACUUAAUGUUUCACUUGAGACUUUACCUCACCCAAGAUCUUUAUCUUUAGAUUCUCCUUGGGUUGAGCCUUGUGCUAACGUACAAAUGCCGGUAAGACAUGGCGCCGAUUGUACCGGUGAUUUGGGAUCUGAAACAAGUACUAUGGGUGAUUUCUUUGUCGGUGACGCUGAUAGGGCAUUAAUCAACAAUUUCCUUACCUUCACAAACACUAAUUAUUCUGACCACUGGGCCGAAGUAGAAGCUAUUACUAACGGGAAAACGUUAAUGUUUGUGGGUGAAAGGGAAGUGUUAAGGGAUGGUAUUGACGACUUCUAUAAGAUCAUCAACAAGGCUGACAAUGUUUCCUAUCAUACCGAAAAGGGAGGAAUUCAUGCCGCAGCAGUAUAUAUCGAGACUUUAGAUUAUAUGUCUGAAGAGGGUGGGAAACGUGCAGUUGAAGGUGAUUUCGAAGGCAAAUAUGGGAUCAAUCUUGUUGCCCGUUUCUUGGAGCAAGUAGUGUAA